GGAGCUGCGCCCCGGGCGCCUGCGCAGAGGAGCACGAAGCCUUGGCGCUCCCACGCUUCUGAGGAGGCAGGUCGUGGCCGAAUCUCCCCUCGCGAGUGGGACAAGAGGUUUGUGCUUCCAGAGUAUGAUGGCAAACCACCUCGUAAAACCUGAUUCUAGAAACUGCAAGAGGUCAAGAGAAUUGGAGCCUCUGGUGUCAGAUAGUUCACAGGUACCCUCUCUUGGAAAAUCGGAUUCUUCUUUCUCUGAAUGUUCUGGACUCCUUUAUAAAGAGGAAACCCUGGAGAAGGAUUUGAGUGAUAUGAGCAAGGAAAUUAAUCUGAUGUUGUCUACAUAUGCAAAGCUUUUGAGUGAGAGAGCAGCAGUAGAUGCAUCUUACAUUGACGAGCUAGAUGGACUCUUCAAAGAAGCCAAUAGUAUUGAAAACUUUCUGGAGCAAAAAAGAGAGUUCGUGAAGCAGAGGUUCACACUGAUUACCAACACCCUGCACAAGUAAAGUGUCUAUACCAACUGAAAGUCCAUUCCUAUUAUUGCUGUAGUCUACUUGUUAAAGAAAAUACAUGUAGUGAACUGUAACUUUUUCUAAUUUAAAGGAGGGGGUUAACAUGAACAGUAAUAUGAAGUUUGUAAUCGUUCUUUUGAGGGUCAACUAUUUGGCACAUUAUAUAAAAAUGUAAAUUAAAAAUUAUAUAUGUGUUCUUUUUUUCUCCUUUACUCUUAAAUUGCUUAAUCCUUCUUAAACUGUGAAAGAGGACUCUGUUAAUUUGAUUAUGUCUAACAGUAUUUGUUUAAAUAGCAGCUAAUUUUGGAGAUAGUUUUAAAUGUUUUUCUUGUUAGUAUUAUAAAAGAACAUUAAACAUUAAAAGUAAUUUGUCCAGUUUUUCAACAUAUAAUAAAAUAUAACUGUGCUACUGCUAUUUAAUAUUACCAUUUAAUUAUUUUUACUUUUAACCAUUAUAUUUGACUAAUAAAAAUUUGGCUUAAAACAUUUUAAUGUGAUAAAAGUAGUAAAAUAAAAAUUGAAAAUUACUAUAACCUGGCUAUUUCUUUAUUUUUCAAGUGUCAUGCUCUAUGGAACCCAGAUGAAUUCAUGGUACAUCUGCCUUAACCUUACUAGUAUCAACACUAAGGUUAUGUACCACCAAGUCUGGCUGUCCAAGCGGCUUUUUACUUAUUAGCCACGUUGAUUUGUGAAGUUGAUAAAUUAUAUUUAGAAGCCUUAGCUGUAGGGUGGAUUAGAUGGAAAUUAGUAGUAUGGAACUUAGGAGGUCAUCUUAAACAUGGCUUUGGCAGGCCCUUUCAAUCCUAUGAUAAUGUGAAAUUGAAUUUGGUCUAGAGGAUCUCUUAUCAGACCAAAUAGUUCCUCUUUUGAUACAAAUAAAGUACUACUAUGAUUUUAUUCAAAAAGAGCUAUGUAAUGUAUAACUACAUUAGUUGGAUCAAAAAAAAAUCUCAAUCUCCACCUUCAAUCAUGUUGACAAUUUGGUCUUCUGUAUGUGUAUUUUCCAAUAUAAGCAAUUAGAAAUUAGGUACAUUUGCAUAGGGCACUAUAAGGAAUUUGUAUUCUUAAACUAGACAGAAUCUUUGCUGCCUGUAAACUUUAAAAUAAAAUUUUAUUUCAUCAAGUUUCUUUUUUGUUUGUUUGAGUCAGGAUCUAUGUAAUCCUGGCUGGCCUAGAACUCACUAUGCAGACCAGUCUGCCUUGAACUCUAGCUGCCCCUGCCUCCAGAGUGUUGUAAUUAAAAGAGAAAGGAAAGAAAGAAAAGGAAUGGGGUGCUUAUUCCUGUCUUGGUAUUUUUGCUUCCUAGUAGUGUUUGCUACUUAGAGUCUCAAAGAUACUUGUCAAAGUAAUAAAAUCAUGUAUGGUUAUAUAUAUUCACGGUGUCCUGUCUGUGCUUUAUUGUGAGAGAAUGCUUUUCAUAAGAUUAAUGAAUAUAGAAGAAAAGGGAUGAAAUGAAAGGGAGAAGGGUGAGCUGUUGCCUAUUGGUCUAAAUUUGAACUUUAUUCUGUGUUUGAAUCAUUCAGAAGGAGAGAAGUUGUGUAAUGAACCCCUGAAUCCAAGUUCCAUGGACU